UCCAAUCCGGCCAAUUGUCUCGCCCUGAUCCGAGAGCGAGAUUCAUUUAUUUAUUUGUUCGUAAACACAUCUGUAUUUCUUGCAAAAAAAAAAAACAUUGGCAGUUAGCGUAUACCUAUUUUGCAAAUAUACGGUUAGCUAGAUUUUAAAGAGACAUCUUGCCAUCUCUGUAUACUGGUUUACAAAGUGGCUAGGUUCUGAAAUGUAAUGCUAAACUGCCUUUUCGCCUUCCCAUCAAGAGCCGCUUUCCACCGGAAGCGCAGUUUAGAUAGAAAUCAUUAGUACGGGACGUCUGGAUGGAACAGCAAAUUGGGAUUUUAUCUAGGAGUUUGUAGGGCACGUCUUGGGGCAAGUUUGGUAAAGCCACCUAUCCACAGUGGGCGCAGAGCUCUGGUCGAGGCCCUUCAGCCCAUGUGUGAUGAUGUUGUCAUCUGUUUCGGCUGAUCCAAGAGGUGGUCAGCAGCUCCCCGGCUCCACGUCGGUGGGUCCAUGCCCUUCUCUCUCCCAGCUGUACCAUGAACAACUGGCCACGGGGUGCAGAGAGACUAGCAAGGACCAGAGGAAUGCUGCUGAGGAUGGAGGACCUCUGGUGACCGUGACUAUGUCUCACAGACCAGCAGAGAGCAAAGAUAGAGAUGGUGGUCUUGGGAUGGACUCUGGUGUGAGAGAGAGACAGACUCCGACAGGGCACAGGCAGAGGGCUUUGGGUUCGGUCUCCAGUUUGAGAGGUCCUGUCUAUGGGACUGCAGGCUCCUCCGAUUCCAGAAGAACAGAGACACGAGUGUCAGACCAGGUCCAAGGCACCCAAAGACCCGGCAACAAAGGCAAUGUCUGGGUUCAUCCAAAACAACUAGAGCCUACCUCCCCUCCUCAGGUGUGCCUCUCUGAUCCUACUCCCCCGGCUGGCCCCACGGGAGAGCAGCUGGGGACCCUGAAGCGCUGCCUGGAAGCCCACCAGGCAGAGAUGAAGCGGCUGCUGACGGGCUCCCUCGGCUCCCUGUGCCAGCGUCUGGAGGUGGUGGAGAGGAGGAUGGAGCAGCUCUGUGAGCAGGGCACCACACAUGGCAACAGCCUGGCUCUGCUCAGGAUCCAGGUGGGUCAGCUGGCAAGAGGGAUGACUGCUGCUGUCGCCAAACAGGACCUGUCACCUCUCCAUGGUCUGGGAAAGGAACCAAGAGUGCUGAAAGAAGAGGACUUCACCAAGUUGUUACCACACAGUCCUAACCCUUUGUGCAAUAUGGGCUCCUCAGGAGCAGACUUAGACAAGGGGAGUGUCACUGGAUGUCAAUGGAUGAUGACUGCAACAUUUUCACCCAGCCACAGUCCUGCCCUGAGCAGUGACCACAAAGAGGGGUUAGGUGGGAAAAUGACAAGAACAGAGUCAGGCCGGUCCGUAUCCUCCAUGGGAAAAGCUCCCUCUAAGUCGGUCACUAAGGGGUGCAAACAAGGGAACUACUCCCCUGUGUCGGACAUUGAAGAUCUGGACAUGGAGCUGGCGGCCGAGAAGGGGCGGGACGCUCUUAACUGGUUGGUCAAUUCUGCCCUGGCAGACACAGAGUCGAGUGACAGCCAGGAAGUGCCGCUUCCAUCCCCUUCUCAGAAGGCACAAUCUGGGAACAGGAGAGAGAGUAUAGAGACCCAUCCACACUCUCCUCAUGUACACUUCCCCACUGAAUCCCAAGGCCUGUCCAAAAGCACUGAGGUCCAUAAGUGUCCACUUACGGGUAAGGGUAGGACUAUGGCUGCAUUUCCUGAGGGGGUACAGUUGAGCCCUAUAGGAGCUUUCUCUCUGUUGCCACAUUCCGUUGAAGUUGUAAGGUCAUCUAGGCCUGAGCACACGGGAAGAAUAGCUCCUGCUUCAACUAACAUCCAACUUAGGAUCACCAGCCCACCUCGCACUGACCACACGGCCUACACUCAGUCCUCCAAAGAGGCAGAGAAAGACCAGAAGCCUGAGAGGAAGAGGCGGAACAAGAGGGAAGCCAAGGCACACUCGGGCGAUGAGUUUAACUCUACCGCCACUAAGUCCGUCAAGAGUAGCUUCUCCGCUCAGAUACAGGACCAACCACAGGUUGGUGUGGGCAGGGAGUCAGCCGAGGAGAGGCAGCAGAGUCAACAACACAAGCAGACUCUAAACUUUACAAUACCUCAUCAGCAACACAAUCCAUUGUCCCACGCCCAGCUGAAGUCUCCAGAUGGAGCAUCAUCACUAUCAGGUUCAGUCUUUGCACCCUCUUCCUGGUCCCCUCUGUCCACCCCACCCAUGUCUGGCUACGUGGACCCUCAGAAGGGCAAACAAGCCACGGAUCGAUCCUUCCUGCACUUCCACUCUUCCAGCCACUCUCUAGACUCCUCCGUAGCCUCCAAGCUCUCCUCUCCCCGAAAUGGCUCUUCUAAAUCUCUCAUGGUUGGUGUUAGAAAUUUCCACCCCCAAGGCCAGGCCCUCCUACUCCAGCUGUCGGACACAGCCAGCCAGCUUGUACCUUCCAGCCCAUCCCCGGAGCUCCCCUCACCCCCGGAUGGUGGUCGAAGUAGAUGGAGGAACAUCCCGUGCGUCUUCAACUCCAAGCUCAAGAACCACUGGAAUAAGGACCGGUCCUCCUGUAAGAAGCGGCCCCUGAAAGGCGUUCGCAGUACUAGUGGUGCUCUAGCCAUGUCUCUCCCAGAGCUGGAGGAGGAGACGUCGCAGCACCACUGGCAGCCCCUGGUGAUUCUGGGCAGCCCAAUCUUGCCUCUGUCCCCCCUGCAGCUAGGGCCCCUAGCCCAGACCUUCUCCUCCUUAUGCUGUAGCAGCAAGGCCCUGGACAGAGACUCUUCUACCCUGCAGCACGGCCUCUUCCCUGCCACAGGCCAGUUCCCCAUGUCCCUCUUCAGCCGGAUGGGCUUCUCCAAGUUCUCCAAGGCGGGUCUGAGCACCGUGCUGGCUGCAUCCUCCCCCGCCUCCUUCCGCCACUGGUUCAGACACAAGUGCCCCAUGCCCCUCAUGAGGUUGUCGGCCACAGCGGUGGAGACGGUGAUGUGUCAGAUUAUAGAGUCACAGAAGAAGUACAUGUAUCCUCCCCUCAAGGACUACACAGGCCCUCCUGGCCUGGACAAUGACCACAGUUAUGCUCAAUCGUGCAGUCAAGAAGCUACCUCUGUCAGAAUGUCUAGCACAGCAAGCAGUACGUCUCUCACCUUCUCACCGACAAGGCGGCGUUGGGUCAGACUCCCCCCAGAGCGGGCCCUUUCCAGCCCCAAGACCAGUCAUAGCCACAGCCCCAAGACCAUGCGUCUGGAUAACCAGCCCGAGCCUGUGCCCAGCUUUGCCAUCGCCAGUGCCAACGUCAAAUACCCUGGUCUGCAUGGCCGCAGCCCAACCAGAGAGGGUGGUCUGUAUGAUGCGAGUGUGGGAACCCAGCCAUGCCAGCGCUCCAAGAGGGUAUCCCAGAUCCGCAUCCGGAAGACUGUUCCCAAACCAGACAACAACCUCACUCCCAUGGGCCUGCCCAAACCAAAGAGACUGAAGAAGAAGGAGUUCAGCUUGGAGGAGAUUUACACCAACAAGAAUUACAAAUCACCCACUCCCAACAGGAGCCUGGAGACCAUCUUCGAGGAGCCCAAGGAGAAGAAUGGAUCUCUGGUCUGCAUUGGCCACCAGAAGAGGAAGCGUGUACUGGACUUCCCCGACUUCACAUUGCCGCGCAAACGCAAAGUCCGGGCCAACAUGGCUCCCCUGCGCGUAAAGGGCCCCAGGGGGCGUGGUCGGCGGGGGAGGCCUGACGAUGCCGACCUGGAUGUCAUGCUCAUCGAGAGGCUGAGCGAGCUGGAAGACUUCUUCACCCGCCAAGGCCUGGAGGACUGAGCAGUCCCACAAUACCCCCUAUUUCACAUCCAAAUACAAACUCUCACAAAUGGUACCCUAUUCAUCAUAGUGCUCUACUUUUGACCCAAGCCCAUCGGGUCAAAGUAGCAUAUUAUAGAGUGAACAAGUUAUCAUUUGUGACAUGCUACACACAUGCAUUGCAUACGGUUCAUCAUUCUCAGUUUUUGGACAGCUUGUUUUGUAACUUUAUUGGGCUUAUGAAACUGGAUUUUAAUAAUUAGAUCAUGUUAAGAGAUUUCUAUGAUCGUGUUAGGUUUUUCUACUUCGGGGCCCCUGAAAUGCCCAUUCAGAUGAUUUGUUUUAGAACUGGCAGACUUUGAAGUGCUAGAAAGAAUUGACGUAAUGUGUGCCUUUUAUGGAAAUUUAAACUCAAUCCAGCAAAGAGAGGAUUUUUAUGAUAGAUAAUGAAUAGUGGUUGAACAAUUACUACUUUGUUCUUAGGAACUAUAAUUGAACCUGUGAUAACAGAAUUGUGGGUGCUCAUACUUGGAUGUGUGCGUUCGUACACACACAUGGAACUUUUGCAUGUGAACACAUGGAAGACAAGUUUGACAACCCAUACCUGAGCACUUUCCCUCUUACCUCAUUCAGAUUUCUCAUCAACUCAUUCAUUAAAUUGUUGUUUUGAACGGGACCUUGUGAGGACACAACCGUUUCUGAUAGAGUCAACGGUAUAUAUGCAGCUUUACUCCCCUGAUGACAGCCUCACUGCUAGCCUGGCCUUAGGAAUGGAGGUAACUGACCAACUGGAUUGGUGCCCCAUGUCUCUCUACCUCCUCAUGCAUUGUUGGGAAAGAUGCUACAUGUGGGGGCAUCAGUUCAGUACAUCUCCCUGAUAACCCGAAUGGGAUCUAGAUGAUGAGGAGUUCCCAUCCUGAAUCAUAAUGAAACAAUACAUAUAUUUUGCAGUAUUUGUAAAGAAAAGGAAAAGUCCAUGAUUAACAGUCUUUUUCACCUGAUGUGCAUCAUCAUGUUUAGAUUUUUUUUGGUAGGCAGCCCCUUUUUUGUUUAAACUGUCAUAGACUUCAAACUCCUCUGCAUAGGGACUCUUGACACCAUUGACCAUGUCUGUCUCCCAGUAUUCUAAUGCUGGAUGGUCACAGGUUAGGGUUAUUCAAUUGUCUGGCUGUGAUAUGGCCUCAUCUUCUAAUAGCUGCUGAACAUUUCUAGGGACAGGAGUUUUCCUGAACAUGUGUCCUGGAAAAACUCUGGGCCCUAGUUAUCUCAAUUGCAUACUCCUUGUGUCCUCUCUCUCCUUUUCAAAACCCAUUGGAUGAGAGAGCCAGAGGUCCCUUCCCUCUGACCUCCAAUGGGUUUUAAGAAGUAGACAACGUGAGGCGUUUUCAAUUGAGAUCUUCCCAUAGAAUCUUUCAGGUGGUCACAUGGUCAGGAAAAACUCCUGGCUCUAACCAUUUUCCAAUGGAUAAGAAUGUGUUUGAGGAUUACAAGUAAUGUGCACUGAGUGGUCCUGUGCUUGGAUAAGUGAGUGGGCUGCGUGCCUGUAGAUAAUGUCCUAAUUCCUAUUGCUGCUAAAUCGCCUACCUAGUAUAUUAUAUUGCAAAAUGUAUAUUAUAGAUGUUAACGUUCAGAAUGGAUUUUUUUUGUUUGUUAUUUAAAAACUUUUUUUAUUUUAUUUUUACAUGUGAUCCAUAAAAUCCACAUCAGUCCAUGCCACAUGAUGUGGAGCAAAAUAUGGAUCCACUAACUGGUCUGUCUUACAACAGCAUUUACCCAUCUUCUCUUUGUGAGUGUGCAGCAAUCUUUCAUGUAAAAGUUAAAUCAGGCCUGUAAAUAGAUCCAUUAAGAACUCUGAUGCCUUAGAUUGGAAGACCUAGCUUGGUUGCCCGAUCUGUUUCUACACUUCUAGCAUUGUCAUACCAAACAGCAUGUCCUUAUUGCAAUCUCAUUUUUACAUUGAAUAAUGACUGGAGAUAAAGCAGGAACUUAACAAAAUCCUUAUCUAGGAACCAGCAAUGAAAUAGUUGUAGUGUUCAAUUCAUUACCAUAAUUCUCAUCAUGCAUUAUUUUAAAAUCAUGACCAUUUAUUGUGGAACACUCAUUUGAAGUGAAUACUUUGUCUAUCUGGGGUCAAUCAUCAUUACAUAUCAGAUAGGUCUUUGUUCGGAAUCAAGUGGAAACAUUCAGCUCGGCAUCAGCACACAUUGACAUAAUCCUUUCAUGAAUUGGUCAGAACCAUUUUUCAAGUGUCAUUACCUGACUAAUUUAAUGGGGUUUUCAUUAAACACCCAAGUAUUCCACUGUUCAAACUUCUCCAUAACUUAUACAGUGAUCUGCCAUUAUAAAAAAAAUUCUGGAGGUAGUUUUUUUAUUUAUUUUUAAUUAAUUUUCUCUUGUAUUUUUUUGUAUGGUUACUUUCGAAGAGAGCCUUCAUGCGGAUUGCAAUCUUUGUUUAUAUACUCAUCCACUGCCCUGGACCUAUUUGCCAGUAGAUUUGCUAGUGUGGCAAAAGUCUGCACAUAUUUACUCCCAAAGAGCCAGACCCUGUGAAGUGUUCUAGUGCCCCUUCUCUUCCUCACUCUGACCUCUGCUCUUGAGGCCAGAGAUGGAAUGGUAGAAAAAUGUGACAAAGUUAUUGGUGAGUGAUGUGAAAUCUUUUUUCUUUUAAUUUGACUAUAACAGGAUUCUUUAGUUUACACUGGUGUGUAGUGGAAAACGUGACACAUUUUGGGAACCCCCAUGUCUGAAAAUAAAACUUUAUAUUGCUUUUUAAUUUAAAAAAAAAUCCUUAUUUCAUCCUAUGUUAAGUGAUGGGCACUUACUGUAGACAUGCACCUCACAGACCAACACAAAGAUUAGUAUUGUCAAUCAUUUUAAUUGUAAUAUAUUUUACGAAUAAAAGUGUAUUUGUGUAAUUUA